GCUGUUUUUAACCCUUAGUGUGCCACCACCAGAGGCAUAUGACAAAUCAUCUGAAUUUGCUGCAAGAAACUGUUCAGAAGCCAUGCACUCUGAUCGGCAGAUAGCUGCCCUCGGCCGGCCCUUGCAUCCUGGCAUGCUCUACAACGCUUGCAAUGACACCUAUAUUCCAGGUGUGACCCUGUGGUCAGAUGAAGACAUGACGAAGGUCAUGAAAAUCAGAGGUCACCAGAACACGUCCUUCGAUGUCACCGCAUCCGACUCCAUGAAGAAGAAAACAAAACUCUUGGACAUCAGCGCCUCGCUAAAAGGCAGCUUUCUGGCGGGAUUAAUCUCCAUCGAAGGCUCCGCCAGCUUUCUGAACGACAGGAUUUCAUCUUCGCGCCAAUGCCGGGUGACGAUGCGUUACAAGGAGACGACGCUGUUCAAGGAGCUGGUAGCCACGGACAUGGAGGUGAAACAUCCGGAGAUCUUCGGGAGGAACGAGGCCACGCACGUGGUCACGGCGGUGCUGUACGGAGCAGAGGCCUUCAUGGUGUUCGACCAAAUGGCGGCCGACUACCUGGAAAAAAAUGAAGUCAAGGGAACCCUCAAGGCGAUGAUCGACAAAAUCCCUCUGCUUAAGCUGUCGGGGGAGGGAUCAGUGGCCAUGUCGGAAGAAGAUAGACUCAAGGCAAGGCGGUUCAGCUGCAAGUUUCACGGCGACUUCAAAUUGAAAGAGAAUCCAUCGUCCUUUGAAGAGGCUGUGGUCGUGUACAAGCGCCUUCCCUCGCUGCUGGGCCAGAAGGGGGAGGAAGCAGUGCCCUUGAAGGUCUGGCUGUACCCGCUGGUCAACCUUGAGUCCAAGGCCUCCAAGCUGGUGCGAGACAUCAACUCAUCAGCCGUGGCCAUCCUCGAGUCCGUCAUCGAACACCUCCACGACGCCAAGAUGAGAGCCCACGACCUGAUCAAGCUCAGCAAGGGCAUGAACCUGACGGUGCUCAGGGACAAGCUGGAGACCUUUCAGAGCAAACGGACGGAGUACACCGUCUUCCUGAAGAGGAGGUUGAAGGGGGUGCUUCCAGAGAUCAGGGGUGGGACGGUGCCCGAGACGGCCCUGAACGACAUCCUGCGGUUCCACGAGGAGUCGACCUUCUGCAAGGUCAAGAUGAGGGACUGGCUGGACGAGAAGGAGACGGAGAUCACCAUCGUCCAGUCUUACCUGGGCCUGCUGGGCAGCACCUCGCUCGUGCCACCGGGUCCGGAGCUCGACAGGGUGCUGUACGACCCGAAGCUGAACACCGUGGUGGUGUUCAGCUUCACCUCGCUGCAGCAUCCGGAGCCGUACCUGGCCAACAUGGAGGAGUGCCUCAACUGCGAAGACUUCACCAAGAUGGCCGACGUCAAGGUCGCGAUCGAUAAGGCCGCGAAGGUUGUCUCCGGGCAGAACACAGUGCCCUGGUACAAGUAUCCGGGCGCCAUCCCGGCCCUGCGGUCCUGCUCUCCCCUCUUCCUGGUGGUGAAGGCCAAGUGCAUGAGGAACCCUCUGCACUCUGCACUCAUCAGCUACGCGCAAGACGACUCCCACCCGGGGUCCUCCAUCCGGGUGUACAAGAACGGGGUCUGCAUCAACCCCCACCUCAAACCCCCGGGGAAGAACCCAGAGGCGGGGGGGCAGCCAGGCGGAGGUAAAGGAGCAACCGCAGUAACGAGCAAGCGAGGAGCGGAGAAGAUGAAGACUGAAGAAGAAGAAGAGGAUGAUCCUUUAGGCCCUGCUGAUCAUCAAAAGACUAGCAAGAGCACGGCGACGGAUGGGAGCCCAUGGAAUAAUGAUGAUGAUGAUGGAAGCAUCACCACUCCAGAAGAUCCAUUCACUGCCAUAGAUGGUUCUUGGUUCUAGACUAGAUCAUUGAGGUUCAACCUACGCACAGUAUCAUACUGUGUUCAUGAAGAGGAGGGAAGAGUGGACAAGAAGGGUGGAUAUGUAGAGACAAAAAAGCUCCCCCACACUCUUCACACUUGUUUUUAUGUUUCGGUCUAAUGACCUUCUUCAAGCAAUCUAGUGGUUCCAAUCCUACGUACUUUGCAAAAGGAGGUGUGCAAGAAUUCUAAAAAUAGAGAGUGGAUAUGUACCUGUCAGUAGCCUAAUGUUGGUGUCAUUUUCAAAUGUUGUUGUUCUAUUUUUUUCUAUAUUGGGUGGGUGUGGUGAACUUUUUUUUUGUCAUUGGUGAGACUUUCAGUGCGAAGACACCAAUGACCAUGGGUGUGCUUCUGGGUUGAGUUUCUUUUUUAAUAUUAUUAUAUACAUACAUCAUUAUAUUUGCUCUUUUAACUUCAGAACUUCAGAACUUGCCAAA